GUCAUUAGCGCGUUCAGAGAGGCUGUUGCCGCAGUGACCUGAGAGAAGCUCUGGCAACUAUGGCAGUCUCGGUGUUGGCGGUGCGGUCGCGGCUUGGCAUGUGGGGCGUGAAGGCCGUCCAAGCCCGAGGCUUCGGCUCGGAUCAGGCCGAGCAUACCGACAGGGGCGCGGGCUCGAUUAGGGAUGCUGGUGGAGCCUUCGGAAAGAGAGAGCAGGCGGAAGAAGAUCGAUAUUUCCGGGCGCAGACUAGAGAACAACUGGCAGCCUUGAAAAAACACCACGAAGAUGAGAUUGGUCAUCAUAAGAAGGAGAUUGAGCGUCUGCAGAAAGAUAUUGAGCGACAUAAACAGGAGAUCGACAAGAUAAAAAAGGAUGAUUAAAUGCACACAGUUCCCCAUAGAAUGGCACAUAUCAUUGCCCACUUCUAUGUAGACAUAGUUCUGGUUUAAUUAAUAUUUGUGUGCCACUAACAGAUUCUAAUAAAUUGUCAUCAGUGAAAUGUC